CGUUUCCUUUUCGUCACGGCCACACAGAACCGAUUGGGUUUACACAACGAGACAAGAAAUGAGUACAGCGAUACCUGGCUCAGCUCAGCUCACCCAGCCUGCCAUUUAACCAACUUACAGUAACCUGUCCGACCGAGUCCGCUAAACUUAGUGGUUUGGAUCAAUAUGAGCAGCCUGCGUGUGUUCACAGUCAGUGGAGUGAGCUCUCAAAGUGCGCAGAGGGUCUUAUCUUGGUAGCUAACGUUAGCUCCGCAGAGCUGCUAUCUGUGGCCCGCUCUGGCUGUGUUAUCCACGGGACAGGUACUUUUCACUCAGCUAAGACUCAGCACCAUGAAUCUGUUACGUCUGGUGUGCCGCCACAAGACGGCCUUGGUCAUUGGCACUGUUUGCAGCUUUGCUGUCGUUCUUGUCUUCUUGGCCAAAUGUACCUCAGAAACCCUGAAACAGGGUCACCCGGAUCCUCCAGGCCUAGCCCCCCAUGCCAGUGCUUUGCAAUCCCGUCCAGAGCAGCAUAAUCCUCCCUCAGCAUCCAAAGACUUGUCAGCAUUCCUCGUGGUCCUCAUCACAACUGGACCUAAGUACACAGAGAGGAGGAGUAUCAUCCGCAGUACCUGGCUUGCCAAGCGGGACACCGAUGUUCUGGCCAUGUUUGUGGUAGGAACUCAGGGGCUUUCCAACGAUGACCUUCAGAACCUUAACACAGAGCAAGGGCGGCACAAAGACCUGCUCUUACUGCCUGACUUACGAGAUUCUUAUGAGAACUUGACAGUCAAGCUGCUCCACAUGUACUCGUGGCUUGACCAGAAUGUGAAGUUCAAGUUUGUCCUCAAGGCAGACGAUGAUACAUUUGCUCGCUUGGACCUCCUUAAAGAGGAGCUGAAGGGGAAAGAACCCAACCGUUUGUACUGGGGCUUCUUCUCAGGGAGAGGCCGAGUGAAAACGGCGGGAAAGUGGCGGGAAAGCUCUUGGGAGCUCUGCGACUACUACCUGCCCUAUGCACUGGGUGGGGGCUACAUCCUCUCCGCUGAUCUGGUACAUUACGUGCAUAUGAAUGCAGGUUAUUUCAAGACGUGGCAGAGUGAGGAUGUGUCUCUGGGUGCCUGGCUGGCGCCAGUGGAUGUUCGGCGGACGCAUGACCCACGCUUUGACACGGAGUAUAAGUCGCGUGGUUGCAACAACAAAUAUUUGGUCACACACAAGCAGAGCUUGGAGGACAUGUUGGAAAAACACCAGACUCUGCAGCGUGACGGCAGGCUGUGCAAGGAGGAAGUUAAGCUGAGGUUGUCCUAUGUGUAUGACUGGAGUGUGCCACCUUCACAGUGCUGCCAAAGAAAGGAUGGCAUUCCUUAGUUUUUGUCCAUUUUACACGGUUGAAGUUGGUUUUUGAUUCAUAUCGGGAUGAUGUUUUUUGACCAAUUCUCUGUUGUGACAUGAUUUAAAGUUUCGUAACAGGUGCUAGACAUCGCAGUGAAAGCCUUAUGCUGUUAGAAACCCCAUUUCAGGUUUAUAAAACCUGUCAAAAACAAAAAAGGGCACUCUCUCAGAAUUUUUAUUACAAACUUGAAACUGGGUUUAAAAGGAUAGCAGACUGGUUUUGAGCUAGAUUUGCUCAUUGUUGUUUGGAUUUAGAAAAAGCCAUUAAAUAACCUUCUUUAUCUGUUUUCAUAAAAAGAAAAGGGUUUCAUAAAUCUUAAACAGUGUUUAGAGUUAAUCUAAUUCCAGUUUGACAAGUCCAAAUAUAAUAAUAGUGUAAAUUUGUAUUUUUAUCUACACCUGCUUUAAUGUGGUCUAAUGAAGUAAUCGGUUCACUAUUUUUUUUCUGUUUUCACCAAUAGAAUAUGGUUUUAAACAGUGCCACAGCUUAUAUUCUGAAGUCAAGUACAAAUUUUACAACUUAAAAUGGUUCCAUUACCAACAGAGAACUGGCCGAGAAAUAUUAUCCUUUAACCCUCGAAUCGGAAGCCAACUUUCGCCUUAUGUCCUUUUUGACCCACAAACUCCUUUGGCCUUGUUCUUUGGACCCAUGAUAAUGUCAGUGCUCUCCUUACCGCCAGUUUACCACGUUGGUGGCCUACUUCUCUCCUCUGUCUGUGCUUCUUCUGCUGUACCUCUUGCUAAAUAUUUACAAACACUACAAGAUGUUUUAAGUGUAGUAGAUAGCACAAGGAAACACAGACCGGAGAUUCUUACCCUGCCAUGAUGUCUACAUUUUCUUGUAUUUGCAAUUUUUUUGUGUUUUAUUUAUUGAUAAUUUAUUUUGCAGCAAACAGAACACUGAGUUACGACAGAAGCACAGUAAAUGUGGUUGCUGCUUGUGAGUAGAGUUUGUAUUUAUAAUAACGUUGGGAAGUCACAUGGAAUUCACAGAAUUAAUAGACAAGAAAUGUUCAUUUUAAAUGUAAAACUUUUGUUUACAGUCAAUGGUACACAAGGUUUAAGGUGUUGCAGGAGUUGCACAGAAUGCGUAAGAGAAAAUGGUUGAAUGUGUUUUAUUCAGCAGGCCUUCUUAAUCAUUAUACUGGAGCCUAUGUGAGGAGUCUCUGAUGAUAUUUACAUUUCCGAGGCAACAGUCACACUUUAAAGUUAGGUCAGUGCGUUUAUCCUGCAGAAAUAUCAAAUUCUGUGUGAAUGUUUGUUUGCAGCGCACCACAGAUUCAGACUGAGAAACUUGAUAAUAGACUACCAGCGGGCACUUGGUCACUUUUUUUUAAAAAACAAGAAACCUGAAUCCAGAAAUCAUUAUUCAAUGAUUGCUUUUUUCUUUCUGAUGUUAGGCUCUCCAACCUUAACUCGCCCUGUAAUGUCAAUAGCUGAGUCCCAGCACUUGUGAAAUGUGUACAGCAGCUAUGAUUAAAGUGCAAACGGUUGAGGAAUCCUGCAAAAAGAGCUGAAUCCAUUUAAGUUUAUUCCUAUGACUGCUGUUACAUUUAUGUGAAUAAUGACAUGACUUUGUGAAGAUUCUCAGUAAUUCAGGUCAUGGUUAUGUACAAGAAUGGUUGGAUAGAAGGGGCAGCUGGACUUGGUCAUAUAUACUUUAUACUUCUCAUCCAAGAGGCUUCUUCAGUUCAGGGGGAGUAUUUAACCUCUGUGAGGUUGUUAUCAAGGCCGUUGAUGUCACUUUGUUUGUUAGGGCCCCUGGCUGUUGUACUAACACUGGCACGAAAACAAGUGACAUUAAUGGCCUUGAUAACAACCCCAUAGAGGUUAAAUACCCGGACAGCCCACCGGUUCGUCAGAACUGGAGAAGCCUCUCGGAUGAGGCUUCAAGUAUCUACAGUCAAGUGCCAUUGCCCUCGAUUCAACCUCUCCUGAAUGACAUGACAUAUUUUCUCACUGCUGUAACAAGCGGAUUCUGAUUCAAUCCAACUUACGUUUCAGUGUUUAUUUUUACGUACAUUGUCAACCUCCCUGGAUGUUUUAUUAAAAUUUUUAAAUGUA